AUGAACUUUGAUGGAUCUAUCAUUAAUUCUCAAGCCACCACUGGUUUUGUGUUACUGGUUGAUGCCAAUAACAUUGGUGAAAAUUCCAUAAAUGUGGCUGAAAGUGUUGCUCUCUGGGAUGGUCUCGCUGUUGCCAUUGAUAGAGGUUGGGGUCAGAUUGUGAUAGAAGGUAAGAUUCAAUGCGGACGCGAUUGCCAAGCUAGGCUAUGGGUUCUCGUCACAAGUUAG